AUGGCCGGUCAAUCUUAUUCUUCCCGCCAAGACACUUACCUAAAAAACCAAGAAAGAGGUAGUCAAGAUCUUCAACAAAAGGGCCAAGAAGCUAUCCAAAACUUCAAACAUUUCCUUCAUCGAAAAACCCCUUCAUCUUCUAACUUAGUUGCAUUUCUCACUGUUUUCCCACUUGGGGCCUUCCUUUUGGGCCUAUCCGUACUCUCUUUUAUCGGGUCGGUUAUCGGGUUAGCGGUAACCACACCGUUGUUUAUCCUCUUUAGCCCGGUUAUCAUUCCGGCUAUUUUGACUAUCGGGCUUGCUAAUUUGGGCUUUUUGGCCUCCGGGGCUUUUGGGAUAACGGCACUAUCCGCUUUUUCGUGGAUCAUUAACUUCUUUAGGGGGUUUCGGGUUGGUGGAACGGGUACGGAUAUGGAGCAUGUUUCUCGGUGGGCUUAUGAGAAGGCUGGAGAUAUGGGCCAGAGAGUGAAAGAAAUGGGUCAGGAAAUUACUGGUAAAGCCCGUGAGUCCGUGAGGAAUGAUGGUUAAGGUAGAAAGGUGUAUGCUUGUGUAAGAUGAGCCUAUUGGGCCAUUUGAUGACCCGUCUAAAUGUGGAUAUUAUCCUAUUUAGAUUGAGGUUAGAAUGGUUAAUAUGUCGUGAAAUCUUUUGGGGUGUUGCCUCUUUUGAGCCGUUUGUUCCUUUAGUUUUUUGAAUUCCGUCUAAUAAUGCCAUAAUUGUAGCAAUUUAGAAUUUUCAUCUUGUGUACAUCCGGAUCUGAAUAACUUUUACC